ACGGCCUCCCGCAACGAUGCGAUACACAUGGCAGUGCGGUCAGCUGGAAUGUGUCAGAUUGGUGUCAGAUUAGCGAAUUGAACAUAAUCAAAGAACGAAACAUUUAACUUACCUUCACGUGGAUAACGACAAAUAUUAGGGAUGACGGCGUUCGAGGAAAUGGGUGUACUACCCGAAAUUGCCAAAGCAGUAGAGGACAUGGAAUGGACAUUACCAACAGAUGUUCAAGCGGAAGCAGUUCCUCUGAUCCUGGGGGGUGGAGAUGUUCUGAUGGCUGCAGAAACUGGGAGUGGCAAAACAGGAGCUUUCUGUUUACCAAUACUGCAAACUGUAUGGGAAACUCUGAAAGAUUUGGAGUCUGGCAAGACUAAGACAUCACAAAUCAAUGCACUAUCAUCUCCACACUGGUCAAUGAGUUUGUUUGACCGUGGCUCGGCAUUAGCCGUAACCCCAGAUGGUUUACGAUGUCAAAGUCGCGAACAACGUGAAUGGCAUGGUUGUCGUGCAACAAAGGGUGUGCAAGGCACUGGAAAAUUUUACUACGAAGCUACAGUCACUGACGAGGGACUCUGUCGUGUCGGUUGGUCCAGUCAGGAUGCAAGUCUGGAUUUGGGUACAGAUAGAUUUGGAUUUGGGUUCGGUGGAACUGGUAAAAAGUCGAAUGCCAGGCAGUUUGAUGACUAUGGCGAGCCUUUUGGAAUGCAUGACGUUAUAGGCUGCCUGUUGGACUUAACAAAAGGAGAAAUACGGUUCACAAAAAAUGGUAUCGACUUAGGCCAGGCAUUUGCUUUAUCUGCCCAGCAAAAAUUGCUGACCUUUUAUCCAGCUGUUGUUCUGAAAAAUGCCGAAAUGGCAUUCAAUUUUGGUGCUCAACCUUUCAAACACCAGCCUCCUGAAGGUUUUAUUGCCGUAUCAACCGCCCCUAAAGGAUAUAUCCGAGACAACGUUGUAUCAGGAAGCAGGAGUACUACAGAUAAUCUAAAACCAUCCAAUAAUGCCCCACAGGCAAUAAUCAUUGAACCGUCUCGCGAGUUGGCUGAGCAAACUUUCAACCAAAUACAAAAGUUCAAAAAACAUCUGAAAGAUCCAGUAGUACGAGAGCUACUAGUGAUUGGGGGAGUCAAUGUGAAAGACCAAAUUUCUGUACUCAAUACUGGGGUUCACAUAGUUGUUGGAACACCUGGUCGAUUGGAAGAUCUCAUACAGGGUGGCUAUAUGUCUCUAACACAAUGCAGAUUUUUCGUGCUCGAUGAAGCUGACGGGUUGUUGAAACAGGGAUACACAGAAUUGAUCGACCGUCUGCAUCGACAAAUCCCAAAGAUCACGUGUGAUGGCAGGCGAUUGCAAAUGAUCGUUUGCUCAGCUACUCUACACGCUUUUGAAGUCAAAAAAUUGGCGGAGCGUUUGAUGCACUUUCCGACAUGGGUUGACCUCAAAGGCGAAGACGCGGUUCCGGAAACUGUUCAUCACGUAGUGGUCAUGGUAGAUCCUCAGAAAGAUAAAUCUUGGUACACUUCAAAAUGGCACGUUCAAACAGACGGAGUACAUUCUCGGGAUAAUGUACAGCCAGGAAACAAUACAGCAGAAACUCUAUCCGAAGCGGUCAAAAUUUUGAAAGGAGAAUAUUGUGUCAGAGCGAUAAAGGAACAUAAAAUGGAUCGGGCGCUAAUCUUUUGCCGGACUAAACUUGAUUGUGAUAACUUGGAGAAAUAUCUCAAGAGUGUUGGAGGUGCCGAAUUCUCGUGCGUGUGUCUUCACGGAGAUCGCAAUCCACAGGAGCGUAAGGCAAACCUAGCUAAGUUUAAGCAACAGGAAGUCAAGUUUUUAAUUUGCACCGACGUUGCUGCUAGGGGAUUAGAUAUCACCGGACUUCCUUUCAUGAUUAACAUCACCCUACCGGAUGAAAAGUCAAAUUACGUACAUAGGAUCGGGAGGGUGGGUAGAGCUGAAAGAAUGGGUUUAGCCAUCUCUCUAGUGGGCAGUGUACCAGAAAAGGUUUGGUAUCACGGCAGUUGGUGUUCCUCCAGAGGGACAAGGUGCAGCAAUGUCAAUCUAACGGAUCAAGGUGGCUGCUGCAUCUGGUACAACGAGAUCAAAUAUUUAGGGGAAAUCGAAGACCACCUGAAUGUGACGAUACAGCAGGUGGAACCUGAUAUCAAAAUUCCGGUGAACGAGUUUGAUGGAAAAGUCAUUUAUGGAGAGAAGAAGGUAGCUGUUGGGAGCGAUUACAAGAAUCAUGUGACACAAAUGGCUCCAAUUGUUUCGCAAUUGGCGACUCUUGAAUCACAGGCACAGCUGAUGUAUUUGAAGAGGCAACUGAACAAUAAUAAACAAUUCUUAACCACCCGUGCAUGAAGUGAUCGCAGUUUCUGUGAUUCCAGCCUAUUUAUUCUUGAUGCCAGCACGAGUUUAAUUCUUGCUGUCACGGUUAAAUAUUCUUUUGCUCGCCAAUUCAAUUAUGAAUUUCGAAUGUAGAACAGUGUGGCUAAUUUAUAAAUUUGUGUAUGAUUAAUAAAAUGAUUAAUAAUAAAUGUAAAACCAAA